AUGAAAUACAAAGCAAGAGAAAUGCCCCAUCCGCCCAUCAAGACUGGCGAUCUCGUUCACACUCUUGGUGAUGCGCAUAUCUAUGUGAAUCACAUCGAAGCACUCCAAACACAGGUAAAAGUGGAGAUUAGUGCUGAAGGUGUAUUUGUAAUGCCAGUUGAAACGAAAAGCGAUGAAAUCAAAAGCAUUGAUGACUUCACGUGCGACAAGAUUAUACUGAAGAACUACCAACCACAACCUGCAAUCAAAAAGGAGUUAGCUGCUUAG